AUCAACAAGCUGCUCUGUGAAAAAAUGGCUUCGUUGGAGAUGUGUACUGUUUUGGGAGCAAAGGACCUGAAACUACUUUAGAAACACUGAGCAGCCCAGAGACAUACACCCAGUUUCUCAUUUUGAGCAACAAAGAGAAAGACACACCUUUGAAACUGAAGUCUGGACGCAUUUUGAGUUCAGAUGGUGAAGUCUUUGUUAUGGACUUGGCAGAGCAUGUCAAGAAACAGAGAUGGUGGAACAAAAUGUUUGGCAAUAAUUCUGGACCAGCUGCCGAGAAGUAUUCAGUAGCCACACAGCUUGCAAUUGGUGGGGUGACUGGCUGGUGUGCGGGGUAUUUGUUUCAGAAAGUUGGGAAACUAGCUGCAUCAGCAGUUGGUGGUGGCUUCUUUUUGCUCCAGAUUGCUAAUCAUACAGGGUACAUCAAAAUUGACUGGAAGAGAGUCGAGCAGGAUGUGAACAAAGCCAAGAAGCAACUGAAGCUAAACACAGAGAAGCCGCCUAAAGAAGUGAGGACAAAGGUGGCUGAGGUGCAAACAUUUGUGAAGAAGAACAUUGUCCUGACAGGCGGUUUUGCUGGGGGGUUCCUACUCGGACUGGCAUCAUAAAAAGCACCUCCUCGAUUUUAUAUGUACUCUCAAUUUAGAAUAAAAAAGAUGCCAACUUACUGCAUGUAAUGGAAUUUGGCAUUUAAAUGACUGGCACUGCAGCUUUUAUUCAGCUGAAUACUCUGUUACAGACUUUUUUUUCUUUAGCAAACACAGCCAAGCUGUUCUUUUCGUCAUAUGUGUUGUUUUCAUAUUUUAAGUAACUUUCCCUUUUGAUUUCUUCUUACAAUGUUUAAACAAUUUUGCAGUUUAUUUUUGUGGUAUGAAUGAUUAGACAUAUAUACCUGAGUAUGUAUCGAAGUUUAUAUAUACAUAUGGCACCCUGAAACUCUUAAUUCUUGAAAACUGUAUUUUUCCUCACAUUAAAGCUCAAAUUAUGGAUCUCCUUAGUUUAAAAGAGAGCAGCUACAAAGUAGAUUUCAUUGAAAAUCUGUAUUUUCUUAUUUAAGUAAAAAGUUGAAGUAAAUGGGUAAACAUU